AUGCGAAUAGCCGAGAGCACAUCAACAGAGAAACUGCAAACCCUUCUCUUCGAUCUGUGGCAAAUGCCCAAACCCGGUUUGGUCUUAACGUUCUACGGAUCCGACCCACAGUCCCCAUCCCUUCACAAACUGUUACAAAAGAGUCUGGCAAGAGUUACCAGACACACGAGGACGUGGAUUCUGACAGACGGGAGGGAGAAGUGUGUGGGUGAUGCAAUUUCAAAGGCAGUGAGAGGCUAUGCGGAAGCGUAUGGAAUGCAACAGCUUCAAGUCAUUGCAUUGGUACCGUGGCGCCAACUCUACAACUCCCAUCUCCUUCGAUGUGAAGAUUAUUUGGGUGUCACCCAGAUGGCGUUUCCUAAAAAACCACCAGGAAAUGACAACAGAAUCCAGGUGGCAGAGAAUCACACUCACUACAUCUUUAUUGAUUCCCCGGACAGUUGGAAGGACCUCACUCUGUGCAGAACGCAAUUUGAGGCCUAUGUUAGUCACCUGAAUGACCUAACCAACGAGGUCAAUCGUGUACCGGUCUGUGGUGUUCUAAUUGAAGGCGACCGAUCAAAUUUACUGGGACUUUCCUUCGCCCUGAGGCUAAAUAUUCCAUUCAUUGUCAUUUCGGACACAGGUGGUCUGGCCAAGGCCUUAGAGAUGUUUGUCAAUUUCAUGAAGCAGCUUAUGCAGGAUGAGAAUGAUGGCGCAUUUCACCUGAGGUGGAGCAACUGCAAGUACAGCUUAACCAGUCUGAUUGAACGCGUCAAAGGAGUGGCGCACUUUGAGAGCAGUGAUGAGGCAUACUUGACGGAUAUUUUGGAUCGUGCCUACCUGUUGGAGUUCAUAACUACCACAUCUGAAGGUGCUAAUGAAAUGGACACUCAGCUCUUCGAGGGCAUCGAUGAGGAGGACAGUUGGGACUACAAGAUCCGCAUCGCUCUCUCCUUGAACCGAACAGAUUUUCUACCUGAAAAUAUGUUUUCUCGAGUCCACUGGCAAGCAAAGAAGGGAAUGAAGGAAGUGCUGACCAAGUGUCUCAUGGGAAACAGUGCCAACUUCAUUCAACUUCUUGUGGAUUCGGGCUUUCCACUGCACGAAUACGUCGACGAAACUUUGUUGGUCCAACUGUACAGAUCCGACUUCGAAAGCAGUUUACCUGCUUCUCACUUUACCGCAGGAUCCGAGGGUACAGCUAUUCAGGAGUUAUGCAUCUACAUCAAUGCCGGUGAGCGGAGGGUGGUUAUUGGGACUUGA